GCUGUCGGUGGAGAGGGUGAGUAUCCUAUGACGCAAUAUCCGUUGGCGUUUUUCCCAUAACUUCAUCUGCCAUUUCUUUUCACUUUAGUCUCCAAGUUCCAUUAGUGGCCAGCUCAAGUGUUCAUUCUGACUCAGUAACCUUGCAGUGCCUUUUUUAAGCCUUGUUGAUGCUACGUUUUUCCAGAUAUUUGUAUAGUAGCAUGAAGUUUUCUCUUUUUGUUGUUGAAUAGCACCUGAAAUCAUGAACCACAAGCCAUGGCCUUGGAGUAAAAGAUCCAUAGAGAAGACAACCUUGGCAAUGGACCAAGUUAUCAUCAGUCCCUCUAGAAGCAUUGAAAAAGAGGUACUCAAACUUUCAACAGAUAAGGAAACUGAAUUAGAAAGAUCAUCAAAAAGUCUAAACGAGAAGUUGGCAACAGUCCUCCUUGAUCCUCCUGUUGGAGAGGACUCUUUAGCAAAACAUGCCCAAAGGUCCCAACAUGAAAUUGGAGAAGUGGAAUCUGCUAAGGAUUUGGAUAAAGCAGUACCUGCUGAAAGUGUUACUCCUCUAGAUGCAGUGUUGGAUGGACCUUUGCAGCAAUUAAGCCAUGUUCAAGAAGAACAAGAGCAAAAGUUGUGUGGUUCCAUUCAAAAGACAUCAAAAGAGCAUGAGAAGAUUCAGAAAGAGUUGGAAGAGAAGUUGAGAGAAGCAAGUAAAAGAAUAGAUGACUUAACUACUGAGAACACUCAUCUAACUAAUGCCUUACUUUCCAAAGACAAAGCCAUUGGGGACAUGCUUAGAUGUAAACAAGAAGCUGAUGCUGAGUUCAGAACACUGAUGGCAAGGUUAGAUUCCACAGAAAAAGAAAACGCAUUUCUGAGAUAUGAAUUUCACAUGCUAGAGAAGGAACUCGAGAUUCGAAAGGAAGCAAUGGAGUAUAGCAGAUAUCAUGCAGAAGAAUCACAUAAUAAGUAUCUUUUGAGUUCUCAGAAAGCCUCAAACUUAGAAGCUGAGUGUGAAAGACUACGUCUCCGGCUGCAGAAAAGACCUCAUGGAACUAGUUUGGUGAAUCUAAAGAAUGACGUUGGAAUGAUGAAAAGAGAAACAGAUAUGAGAAGAAGAAAGUCAAAUCCUACUAGGGAUUUGAUUUACAAAAACAAUUAUGAAGUGUCUGAAAAGAGUACCGGCUUGAUGAUCAAACGUUUGCAAGAUAUGGAUGAGGAGAACAAGGCUCUCAAGAAAAUUUUAACCAAGAAAAACUCUGAACUGGAUUCUUCAAGAUUUAUGUAUGCUGAAACAGCUUCCAGAUUAUCACAGGCAGAGAUUCUGCUUAGAAAAUUUUCAGAAACUCAGAAGAAGUCCAUGGAGCUAGCAAGGUGUUAUCAUCCCACAUCAGGUGAACUUCCUCUAAUCACAAAAUUUGACAUUUCUAGUAUUGAUGAUGAGGCUAUCUCUUCCAGAUCCUGGGCGAAUGAUCCUACUUCAGAAUUUGAACAAUUUAGAACUGCAGAGGCUAAAAAUCACAAGAGUAGUAAAUCCAUAGAACUUUCAGACAUUCAUUUCAUGGAUGAUUUUGUUGAGAUGGAGAAACGAGCUAUCGUUUCUGUCGAUAUGCCUAAAAGAGAAUACUGCUCCAAUGUCAGUGGGAGGGAGCUAGUGCCAGUUGAACAAGAUCAAGGCCUCAGUGGGAGGAAACAGGAGAUUCAAUUCAAACAUCCAACAACUGAAAAAUCAUUUGACUGGCUUCAGAUUGUCUUGAAUGCAAUCUUGGAGGAGAAACGCGUCACAAAAAGAAGUCUCGAUGAACUGUUUGACGACAUAAAAAUUGCUUUGGGUUACAUAAAGCACUCAACUGCUUGUGAAUCUGAUGUAAUUCAAAAAUCAGUCCAUAGAAUUAUCAAGCUCAUUGAAAGAAUUGCUCCUAAGUCAUUUAUCUGUAACAAUGGUCCAAAUUGCUUGGAGGAGAAUCAGAAUUCAGACAUAGCUCAAUCACCAAUAUCCAAAGAGUACCUUGUUCAUGUUCUCCAGUGGAAGGUUUCAGACUUGAAUCCUCUUCUGCAUCAACUUGUCCAUACCUGCAAAGACUUAUUAACGGGGAGAGCUGAUUUUGGAAACUUCAUUGAGGAAGUAGCAUUUGCUUUGGACUGGAGUAUUAAUAACACUGCCAACUCAACAAAUGCUUCAAUUGCAAGGGAUAAGAUCAAGAAGCAUUUUAUCUGUCAUCUAUCACAAAAUGAAAAUGAAAAUAAUGAAAUAGAUGUUGAUGAUAAACAUGCUUUUCACUCGCCUUCAGUUGCAUAUCCAGAUGAUCAGGGUGGACUUUUCAACACAAAGCAAAAUCAAUAUGAUCUCCUUCAAGAAAUUAGAAAAUUAAAAGAUGACCUGAGGAACACAGAAUCUUCAAAGAAAGACUUGGAAGUGAAGCUGCUGGCAGUAACUGAUGAGAGUCAGAACUUGACAAAACAAUGUCAAGAAGCACAAAAUAGCAUCAAAGGUUUAGAAUCAGAAAUAGAGACCUUAAAAGAAUCCAAAGCCUUAAUUGAAGAUCAGAUUGAAAAAGAAAAGAUGAUAAAUGAAGAUCUUGAUACACAGUUUACAAUAGCUCAGGCCAAGUUAAAUGACAUCUUUCAAAAGUUUUCAUCCUUAGAAGUUGAGUUAGAGGUUAAGAAGAACUCGUUUGAGGACUUGGAAGCAACUUGUCUUGAGCUUCAACUCCAGCUGGAAAGCAUUGCAAAGAAGGAAUCUCCAACAUCUGGCAGAUGCGAAAUGGAAAAGAUUCAUCAAACUGGGUGGGAGAUCACAACAGCUUCAUCAAAGUUAACUGAGUGCCAAGAAACCAUUCUAAACCUUGGGAAGCAACUCAAGGCACUAGCUUCAUCUAGUGAAGUAGCACUUCUUGACAGGGUUGUCUCUGCAACUAGUACUAUGGCCAAUCCAACUCAGAAGAAGAACUUGACCAAACGAUGCUCUUUGCUCAAUCAAAUGCAAGCUGAGGGUGAUGAUAAAGCAGACAGAAGUGAAGAAUGUAAAAAUAUUAAAGGUGCGCAGAGGCCACCCCUACUUCUACCUGAAAAAAGUGCUUUGCAAACUCCUCAUAUCAUGGUUAAUGCACCAGAAACAAGUAUUCAUUCAGAGCAAAAUAAUAAAAGCAGUGCUAUUGGAUCUCUGGCAGUUGUGCCGUGUAAAAAACGAGGAGGCUUUGAUUUACUGAGGAAGCUGCUGUUUAGACGAAAGAAAGGGCAUGUUAAAAGGACCAAGUUUUUAGCCUUAGCAUGACAAAGAAUGGAAAUAAAACCUGGUAAAAUAAUGGUCUUGAAGAGAAGCACAAGCUCAGAAGCUUCUGCUAUCGGUCACAUUAUGUUUGAAUCUAGUGCCUGUUGGAUUUUUUAUGUAACAUGCUUUUUAUGUUUUAUUUGUUGGCAAUGGCUUCUUUGAUUGGAGAUGAUUGAGGUUCAGGUUUGAGACCCAGUGAGAGGUUUGUUAUUGUAAAUAUUGCUGGUGUAAAUAAACACAUUGCUUUGUUGGUGUUUGAGAUUAGCCGUGAAUUUUACUUGCA